AAAAUCAAAAGAAACUCUCAGAAACUUCAAUUCAAGAAACAAACCCACAUUCGUCGCAUUCUUUGCUUCUAAUCUCAUCCGAUAACCAAACAACAAAUUGAAUUGGCUAAAGAAAGCACAGAUGGCAUCAAAAGUUGGUCGUUUGUUUCAAGAUCAGAACCUCAGUGUUCACUCUAAUGGAGACUCUGCUGUGAGAAAGGGUGGUGUAAAAAUGCAGAAGAAAGUGGGGUUUGGUGGAAGGAAACCUCUAGGAGAUGUAUCGAAUACAGGGAAGCCUGACCUUACCAAGGUAUCAAAGAAGCCUGUUCUUAGCCAUGUUCCUGAGAUUAUUGCUGAUGCAAGCAACAAGAGAGGCCUUUCUAGGGCACAGACUCGUGGCCGGAAGGCACUAUCUGAUGUGUCUAACACAUUCAAACCAGUAGCCCAUAAGAAGUCAAGUAUUGUGGCACAACCACCUCCUUGUGGUUUUGAGGAAGAAGGUUUCCUGCAUGACCAUCAGCAGUGCAUCAAAUCUAUGCGAAAUGCUAAUCUCAUGGAUCAGGUGGAUAUUCUUAUGAUGAUGCAAGGAUCAGAUUCGUCCAUGAAGCUUCUAUCUCCAUGUGAAGCUUCUCAGCUUCGUAAAGUUGAGCCGGAGAGUCCUAUGAGGUACUUGGAGCUGAAAGAGAUGUCUGAGCUGUCUAUCAAGCAGGACCCCGCUUCACCUCAUUGUAAGACUCCCUUGUCACCAAAUCAUACAAAGUCCACUUGGAUUUGGGACGACUGUGAUUUUCAGGUGAUGGAAACACCUCAGUUUCUAAGGCACUGAUUCCCCUGUACCUUCCUAUGUGAUUAUCAAUCCACUUGAAACUGGUGCAGCCAGAAUCAUUCGUAGAGGUUUGUUUUUUGUUUUUAUAUUUUUUAGGAUUUUUGGUCCAUCGUGACUGAACAUCUAGUCCAUGUGAGAUUGAUGUAGCCAGUGUCAUUCUAGAGGAUUUGGAUUUAUUAAUAUGUCUUUUUUCUUCGCCACAAUAUUGCAUGUUCAUUGUGAA